AUGUUUGAGUUGGAUAACACCCCUCUGCCUGUGGCAAAGCCGCCCAGCGCCGCUGGUGGGUGGGAGGCGCAGUACGAAAAGGACUUUGCGGCUCAGAAAAACUCUGGCCCGGUCGUCUUCACUGAGGAGCAGCGCCAAAAGAACAAGGAGCUGCUGAGCCGCAUCUUCGACCUUCUCCCCUUCGCAGACGCUUACAAGGCGAGCGAUUGUGACCUCAUCUACCGUUUCCUGAUCGGUAAGCACUGGAACGUGAACCUGGCGGAUAAAGGGAUGCGUGAGUACAUGGAGCUGCGCGCGAAGGAGCACCUGGACGGGCUCCUUGCCGAGCAGCUGCACCCCACCAUCGGGGCGGUGCUCUCUCCCUGCUACAGCGACGGCACGCCGUGCCCCAUGUACGGGCUGGACAAGGAUGGGCUCCCCAUUCUGUGGCUCUCGCCCGAUGCGGCGAAGUUGAUUGAGGCGAUGAAGCUGUUCACCGGGGAGCAGCUCCUGCGGGGGCAGAUGCGGACCAUCGAGCUCGGCCGCUUCGCGUGCCGUGCCCGCGGCGUCGACCGCUGCACCUACGUGAUUGACCUCGGCGGCAUCACCAUGUCCAGCGUCAACAAGGCGACGUUGGGCUUUCUGAAAGGCGUGACGCACAUUCUGCAGGUCGCCUACCCGGAGAUCAUGCGCCGUCUGCUCAUCUUUAACACGGGCUGGACAGUGUCGGCGGCGUGGAAGGUUCUGCGCCCCUUUGUAGAUGUGCGGGUGCAGGACAAGAUCAAAUUCGAGAGCCGGGCCCCCACCCUCACCGCGCUGCAGCCGUACAUGGAUGCAGACCAGGUGCACCCGGCCUUUGGCGGGACAGGGAAGGAAAACGUUCUGGAACCGUUAGUGGAGGCGGAGGUGCGCCGUGUGCGCCGCCUGGCCGAGGGCGGGGCGCCGUCCGAGUCCGCCUCCCUCAUCCGAGGGCCCUCCACGGCCGUGUACGACAACGGCAGCCUCUUCGACGUCGACCCGCUCGCCCUCCACAGCUUCUACUGUCCCACCCCCGGCACGGAGCCGCAGACGCCCAACAGCAGUCAGCAGAACCCCCCCUCUGGCGGUAUCAGCCCCACGCCGGACCGCAUGGUGAUCGGCGUGCCGCGUGCGGUGUCUGCGUGGAUGGCGAACAUGGACGAGGAGGGUGCGCGAAAAGAUGCGCUGGACAUCUCCCUCAGCGUAGCCUCGAGCGCCAGCGAGUACGCCGUGGGCAGGAGCGCCGCCGACGGGAGCGCGCCCGAGACACCGCCGUUAAAGCCCGAUACCGCUUCCGCCCCCAUCCCCACCACGCCCCCCACACCGCCCUCGCCGUCGCAGCAGGGCGGCCGUGUUGCCACGGCGAGUACGCCGGCGCGCGCUGCGGCCGCUGGCCUUCCUCCUUUGCCAUCCGCGGGCGAACCUUUACAGCUCACGGAUUCGGGCCGCUCGGGCACCGCGCAGAAGGAGGAUCGGCUGAUCGUGGCCAUGUCGCUGACCUACGGCGCCGAUGGCAGCAUCACGGGGUACAACGGGCCAGAGUGUGUCGGGCAGUUCCGCAAUGGGCGUCUCUACGCGUCACCGAAGGAGCGUGACGUCGACUCCGCGGGCUCUCCUUCGUCCUCGCCCUCCAUGGCGAGCCCUGGCUCUUUACCCGGCCACGACAACACCCAAAGUGACCGGGGAAGUGGACAACAGCCACAGCGGCAGCAGCAGUUCCUCAGUGCGAUUCGAAGCAGCCCGGCCACUGGUGAGCUGCUCUAUGAGGCCGGGCACCCUAUCCACAAUUUCUAUAUCGUGUGCGACGGCCAGCGGAACGCCCGCUAUCUGCUGCGUCGCAGUCGGCUGCGCACGCGGCUUACCGUGUUUAACGUCGUCGGUGGUGCGCCGGUGCGGACGGAGAAGAACAGCCGCCACUACGUGGAGGGCGAGCGGGCGAAGCUGGGUGUGGUGGUGGCCCACACCGACCCAACGGCGAACUCGAGAGGGGACUGGAUGCUAUACGGUGAGGACGUCACGCAACACUCGCCGGGGCAUCACAUUCGCAACUUCUUCUCCAAAACCCGGCGCAGCUCUGCCCCGGCGACGGAUGGAUCGGGUGGCAGCGGGGCGGAGAAAGAAAAGGAGAGGGAUGCGGGCUGGGCCACGUCUAUGUUUGCCGCCAUGCGCUCCAGUACGAGCGGCACCGCCACAUCGCCCUCGAAGCGCAAGGCCAAGAGUGCCACACACCGAGGAGCAGACGUCGCACCCGCCGCGGAUAACUCCGAGAACAGCGGCAACGGUAGCGGGGCUCAGCUGCUGGCCGAAAACAAAGGGCAAACAGUGUACUUUUACCAUCUCCUCACGAAGAACCCCCUCUCCGAUUUGUUUGCACUGGCUGUGGCGAUUACACUGUCGUGGAGCGGAGAGCUAGAGGGCCUGAAGGUCAAGUCGACAUCGAAGACGAAGCGCUACGCUUCGGAUGACGAGGAUCUCAUGGAAUGA